AUGUGCCCGGGGUUCCCCACCUCUCACCUUCGGGUUCAGGUGGUGGACCUGCAAGCUCUGCCGCCGGAGGAGGCAGACCCGGCCUUAGCGAGAAGCUCUUGUUUGCUUACAGGGCCUUGGGAAGGUUAUGUGUUGAGCGUCAUUUGUCCUGACACGCUUGCCUGUCAGCAUUUGUUCCUCAACUACACCUGCUUUUUCUCUUUUACAGAGCAGUAUGAAGUAGUGGGUCCUGCAGAUGCUGUUCUUGCUGUAGCUGGUGAAGAUGUGAUUUUGCCCUGUUCAGUCAAACCCAACAUCAGUGUUGUGGACAUGAGAGUGGAGUGGUUUAGACUUGAUCUGAAAGACUCACAACUAGUGCAUCUCCAUGAGGAUCAUAUAGACAAAAACACAAAUCAGAUUCAGUCCUACAGAGGCAGAACAAAACUGAAUCAUCAAGAACUACAGAGAGGAAACGCAUCACUCAAACUCUCAUCAGUCCGAGUCUCUGAUGAAGGACUUUAUAAGUGUUUUAUUCAGUCCAAAUCCUGGUCUGAUGAUGCCACUGUUAAUGUCAGUGUUGAAGCUGUAGGACGUCCUCCAGUGAUUACUGUAGAUGGGUUUGAUCAUUCAGGAGGGCUUCAUCUACUGUGUGAAUCUGAAAGUUGGAACCCUGAACCUGAUCUUGAGUGGCUGAACAGUGAAGGAGUCAGUUUGAGUUCAGAAACUACAGAGAUGCAAAGAAAAAUAGAUGGAUUCAGUGUAAAACACACCGUCACUGUAUAUGAGAGAGACAGCAAGAUUCACUGCAGAUUCAAACUGAAGCAUCACAUGCUGGAGACACUUAUGAUCACAACAAGUAAAAUGUUUAAUUCUUGGAGGACAUCAAUCAUCCUGAUUUCAGUUUUUGUUGUGCUCAGUGUCAUUGCUGGAAUACUGAUAGCUGUGUUUGUUCAUAAAAACAAAGAACUCAGUCAACUACAGAAUAAACUCAGUCGACUACAGAAUGAACACAGUCAACUACAAAAUAAACACAGCCGACUACAGAAUGAACACAGUCGACUACAGAAUGAGAAGAGGAGAGUACAACAUGUUCUUAUGAUUCCUAUAAAAAUAAAUAAUUGUCAAUGUAUUUAUUAUAAACUCACCUGUAAAGCAGAAUUUUCAAUAUUUUCUGCAGUGAAUGUGAUUCUGGAUGCUGAUACGGCUCAUCCACGUCUCAUCGUGUCUGAUGAUGGGAAACAAGUGAGAUCUGGAAACACACAAAUGAUAGGAAAAGGAAAAGACAGAUUUGAUGAAGAUCUUGGUGUUGUUGGGAAGGAUGGAUUCUCCUCAGGGUGUUUUUACUUUGAGGUGCAGGUGAAGGAACAAACUCAGUGGUAUUUAGGAGUGACCAGAGAAUCUGUUAACAGGAAGGACUGGAUCAGUAUGAGUCCAUUGAAUGGAUACUGGUCUGUGUGUCUGAGAUAUGGGGUGUAUCAAGCUUGUGAUUCUUCUGAUUACUUUUUUUCUCUGAGUGUGAAUCCUCAGAGGGUCGGUGUGUUUGUGGAUUAUGAGAAGGGUCUCGUCUGCUUUUAUGAUGUGGAGCCCAUGUCUCAUAUCUACACUUACACUGAUCAGUCUUUUAAUGAGAAACUCUAUCCAUUUGUUUGUUUGGGGUAUUGGAGUAAUGAAAACUCCACACCACUGAUCAUCUGUGAUGAUUACGAAUGAGAUCAGUGAACAUGGAACAAACUGCUGGUUCGUCUGGCCAGAGGAGAACUGGCCUCCCAACUGAGGCUGGUUUCUCCCAGG